AUGUUAUCAUUUGUGAGAACUUUUCGUCAAGCACAAAGAUCAACUGGACCUAAAUCUCAAAUGGGAGAAUUUCGCGUAUUACAAUUAACACAAUCAAAAGGUAGUCGAUCUGGUCCAAUGAAAAAACGUGCGAAACCAAAAUUUAAAGAGGUUCCACCACCACGUUAUUUACGUAUGUCAACUGAUCAAGAUUGGACAAAUGUUUGGCCAACAGCUACAACAUUUAAACAAAGUGUUGUACCAUUACCUAUAACUCAAGGUUAUGUUUCUUCCGAUAAGGAAAAUAAAGGUUUACCAGUAGAAAAAUAUGCUAAUGCUGAACUUAUGAAAAUUCCAAAUUUUUUUCAUUUAACACCUAAUCAUAUAAAAAAACAUUGUGCUGCAAUUAAAAAAUAUUGUACACCAUGGCCAGAAGAAUUAAAUUCUGAUGAAGCAUGUGAAUAUUAUUUACCUAUACAAAUAACAACGUAUGAUUAUCUUAAUUCAACACCAUCUAUACGAGAUUCUCGAGCUCGUGUUGUUAAAUUUAAUUUUAAAUUAACACAACUUGAAUUUGAUGAACAUGCUCGAGAUAAAUUUAUUCGUUUAGCUGGACAAAGAUAUAAUGCAGAUACAGAUGAACUUACUUUAGUCGCUGACAAAUGUCCAUAUCGAAAGCAAAAUUAUGAUUAUGCUCAAUAUUUAUUAACAGCAUUGUAUUUUGAAUCUUGGAAAGCUGAAAAUUGGGAAGAAGAUAGAACAAAGAACGAUUGGCAAACAUAUUAUUGGGAUAAAAGUCCUUCACGUACUCGAUUACUUGAUAUUCUUAAAGCCUCUGAGAAAAAUGCAUCAUCAGUCGAUUCAAAAUCUAUUGUUGAACAAAAUAAAAAACUCGUUGAACGAUAUCGUACAAGUAUAACUCGUGUUCAAGAUGAAGGUGUUGAGAAUGAACUAAAAAAUUUAACUGAUUAUAAAAAUGAUAUUAUUGUAUUCAUGUCAUCAUCUAAUCUUGAUAAAUUAGUUUCAACACAAUAUGGUUGGCAUGUAGAUUUUGAUAAAGAAUUCGAUUCAAGUUGGAAACCAUUUUCAAGACCAAGAUUUUCACAAUUAAUAGAAUAUGUACCUUUAUUUCUGAGAUAUCUUCGUGUCUGGUAUGCAUUAAAAAGAGAAAAACGAAGAGCACAUAUGGAUUUUAUUAAUCCAGUACCACUUCAACAAAUAUAUGGUGCACCUAUUGGUGGUUUGGGUUGUGGAACAAUUGGCCGAGGAUUUAAAGGAGAAUUCUGUCGUUAUCAACUUGUACCCGGUCUUUAUGAAUUUUAUACUGUUGAAACAAAUACAUUUACUGUGUGUAUUCGUCGUCGACAUGCAACAACCUAUUGUCAAGUCUUAACAACAAAUCGAUUACGAAAAAAAGGGUUACAUUCAUGGAAUUCUGCAUUUCCAAAAGAGAAUGGUCAUUAUCAAGCUCUAUAUCCACAAUCAUGGACAACUUAUAAUUUACCCGGUCAAAAUCUUCGAUUAUUGUGUAAACAAUUAUCACCUUUUAUACCAGAUGAUUAUAAAGAUGCUUCACUUCCAGUUGCUUCUUUUGUAUGGUAUAUUGAAAAUUUAGAUGAUGAACCAGUUGAAGUUAGUAUAAUGUUUACAUGGCAAGCUGGUUCAGCUUCUAAUGAAUUCGAAUGUAAAGAUAUAUCUCAUGAAUCAAUUCAUAUUUCUAAUGAUGAUAUAUCAGCUACUGGUAUAUCAAUAAAACAAAAAUUACGUGAAAUGAGCCUUGAAUAUUGUAUAUUAGGAAAAAAAGAAUCAGAUAAUAUAAUAACAACACGAACAAAUUUUAAUGUCGAUUCAGAAAUUGAAGGACGAAAUGUAUGGCUUGAUUUAACAGAUGAUGGUCGAUUAACAGAAGAUGAAUCACAAAAUUCAAGUAUAGCAACUUUAAGUACAGCUAGUUCUGUAUGUAUAACAACAACUGUUGAACCAAAAUCUAUAAAAUCAUCAGAAUUUGCACUUGCUUGGCAUAUGCCAGAAAUUAAAUUUGGUCUUGGACAAAAGAUAUAUUCAAAAUGGUACACUAAAUGGUUCGAUAAAGCAACAUUGAAUGGAACAGUACUUUGUCUUCACACAAUGAAUAAUCGACUAAAAUGGGAAGAUGCUAUUACUAAAUGGCAAAAACCCGUUUUAGAUGAUGCAUCAUUGCCAGAUUGGUAUAAGAGUGCACUAUUUAAUGAAUCAUAUUUUGUAGCUGAUGGUGGUUCAAUUUGGCUUGAUGUAAGUGAAGAUACAACAUUACCUGAACAUGUUAGAAGUUGGGGUCGAUUUGGAUAUUUAGAAGGUCAUGAAUAUCGAAUGAUAAAUACAUAUGAUGUUCAUUUUUAUGCUUCCUUUGCUUUGAUACAAUUAUGGCCACAAUUAGAAUUAAGUAUUCAAUAUGAUUAUGCUACUUCAAUAGCAUUUGAAAAACUUGAAUCACGUGUUUAUUUAUUUCAUGGUCAAUCAGGCAUAUGGAAAACAUUAAAUUCUGUUCCACAUGAUCUUGGUGAUCCGGAUGAAGAACCCUGGUUAUUUAUUAAUGCUUAUAUAGCACAUGAUACAGCUGAUUGGAAAGAUUUAGGUCCAAAAUAUGUUUUACAAGUCUAUAGAGAUUAUAUCUAUACACAAAAUAAACAAUUUCUUACUGAUAUAUGGCCAACAAUAAAACUUGUUAUGAAUCGUCUUAAAACACAAGAUACUGAUGGAGAUGGUUUAAUAGACAAUGGUGGAUUUGCUGAUCAAACUUAUGAUGCAUGGACAGUAGCUGGAGCAAGUGCAUAUUGUGGAGGUUUACAUAUAGCUGCACUUCGUGCUUCUUUAGAAAUGGCUCGGCUUAUGGAUGAUACAAGCUUGGUAGACGAAUAUGAAGUAUGGCUUCAAUUAGCUAAAAAAUCGUACUCAGAAAAAUUAUGGAAUGGUCAAUAUUAUGAUUAUGAUUCGAGUAUGUCAUUUCAACAUGAUAGUAUUAUGUCUGAUCAAUUAGCUGGUUUUUGGUAUUUACGUUUAUCUGGUCAUAAAUAUGAAGAUUUUGAAAAAGAUCGAGUAGAUAGCAUACUUACUAAAAUAUUUAAAACGAAUGUAAUGGAAUUUGGUAAUGGCAAAUUAGGUGCUGUUAAUGGAAUGACUAAAACAGGAAAAUUAGAAACUGUUAGUAUACAAUCUGAAGAAGUAUGGACUGGUGUUACAUAUGGUUUGUCAUCAACAAUGAUUAUGGAAAAUCUUGAAAAUGAAGCAUUUGUAACAUCUGAAGGUAUUUAUAAUACAUGUUAUAAUAUAGCUGGUUUAGCUUUUCAAACACCUGAAGCGUUAACACGUGAAAAUCGUUUUCGAUCUUGUGGAUAUAUGCGUGCAUUGAGUAUUUGGGCAAUACAAAAAGCAAUUGAAUUAUCUCGGACCGAAGCAAACAGAAAUAAAGAUCAAGUAUAG